AUGACAUUGAAUGCAAUGAAUUCAUUUCAAGUUAGUCUCCCACUACUUAUUUCAUUUUUCUACGUUUGCUAUCAAAUAGCUAUCACAAAUGCAGAUAACUUAAGUGUUCUGCAAAAACACGUUUCUUUCUUUGAUAGCAACCAUGAUGGUAUCAUCUAUCCAAAAGAAACUUACCAAGGAUUAAGAGCGAUAGGUUGUGGAGUUGUGUUAUCGAUGGCUGCUUCGGCUUUCAUUCAUUCCGGUUUUAGCCGAAAAACUCGUCCGGUAUAUUGA